AUGGGUGCGGAAUUGCGCCGUGCCAUCGAAGCGGCCAACGGGGAUGAAGAGGUCUCGGCCAUUGUGCUCACGGGUGCUGGACGUGGGUUCUGCGCAGGCGCGGAUAUUGAAGCAGUCUUCAAAGCGCAAAGUGACGGGGCCGACGUUGCAAAAGAAGGUACCGGCGACUGGGUGACUCUGGUGCGCGAAUCCAAACCUAUGGUGGCGGCCAUCAAUGGUGCAGCGGUUGGCGUUGGUCUGACUCAGGUGCUGCCAAUGGAUUAUCUGGUGGCUGCGCAAGGCGCCAAGUUAUCAGUGCGUUUCGUGAAGAUGGGUCUUGUGCCAGAGCUUGCCAGUUCACGUUUUCUCUUUGCACGCUGCGGUUGGGGGCAGGCAAGUGAAUUGAUGUUAUCGGGUAAAACCAUCGAGGCACAGGCUGCGCUUGAGAUGGGUCUGGUCGACAAAGUGGUUGCACCGGAUGAUCUGGUGUCUACCGCCUGUGAAAUUGCAGCGGGUAUGGGAGAAAACCCCCAGAGUUCACUGCGCGCCAUCAAAGCAUUAAUCAGUGCCAAUGCCGGUUGUAACGAUUACGCGGAAGUGCAGAGGCGCGAGAUGUCCGCGCUGCAUCAGGCUUACACUACAAGGCUGAUCGUCAUGGCGUAUGAAAUCAAAAAAUUCUCUCACCCGGGUACCAUAGAUGCGGACGGUCAUGUGCUGGAGCCGCCGGAUCUGUGGGAAAACUACCUGGAACAGAAGUAUCAGCAUCGUGCGCUGCGCAUUGGUGUUGAUGAUUCGGGGUAUGAAUAUCUUGAAAUUGAUCAGGUGCCAUCCAAACGCUCCCGUAAAGGAUCACUAGGCCUGCUGGGCGCCAUGGGUGAAGAAGAUAUGCGGCCGAGCCCUGAGCGCCGCUACAUUGACAACAUUCCUUUUGGGGCCAGUGAUCCACUAGAGCGUCUGCAGCUGAUGAGCCAGGAAAAUCUGGAAUGUACUUUGCUGUACCCAACCCUGGGGUUGCUCUGGGAAGUUGAGCUGGCAGAUCCGGAGCUUAGUCUGGCUUACUGCCGUGCCUACAAUCGCUGGAUCGCUGAUUUCUGUCGCGAAUCUUCCGGCAAGCUGGUGCCCAUUGCGCAUUUAACCCUGUUGGAUGUGGAGGGCUCGGUGGCUGAGCUCGAGCGCGCUGUAAAAGACGGGUGUAAAGGUGCAUGGGUUAAUCCUUUUAAUCACAACAAGAUCAUUCACGGCGAUGCCCGGCACGAUCUGCUGUACCAGAAAUGUAUGGAGCUGGAUGUACCGUUUGCUUUGCAUCCGACAUUUACACCGCACGGGGCGGCAGAAGGUAUUUUUGACUGGCCGCGCGAAGGUCGAGCCUGGGCUGAAGCCAUCUGGCUGCGUUCUAUUGUGCAGCAGGCGCUCAUUUCCUAUUUUUCGCUGGGCACCCUGGAGCGCUUCCCGCAGCUUAAGCUUGGCGUGCUUGAAGCCGGGUCCGGCUGGAUCGGCGCGAUGUUGGACCGACUGGAUGCGUACACGGCAUCACUCAAUAUCAAUCGACCCAGUGCAACAGAAACCUUUCGCAAGCAGUGCUUUAUCUCCGGGGACCCGGACGAAACCGCCGCGCCACACAUUAUUGAUCACGUAGGUGCGGAUUGUUUCAUGUGGGCUACGGAUUAUCCGCACCCGGACCAUCCGCACACCUGGGUGGAUGACCUGGAAAAAUAUGCUUUUAUGGCUUAUAUCGACAAUCAGACCAUCCAUGAUGCAGAUUCGCAUGUCAUGGAGUUGCCCGAGAAGAUCCUCGAGUAUCUUGAAAGUGAUUAUCAGGCAGAGUUUUCUGAGUUUGCUGCGGCAAAACUGCGCAUGCCGGAAGAUAUUAGCAGGGCGGUAAAGCAGCAGGACAAUGCUGUUUUCCGCGCGGAUGAAGCGCAGGAGCUGAUGCUGCGGAAAAAUCACCUGGCCUUGGGCGCCUACCGCAAUAGCGACCGUCCGAAGUGUCUCGACCUGCUGGGUUUUUCGAGUCAGCUGGUGUUCACCACAGCGGCGCUGGGUAAUUAUGGUUUGGAAGAGGCGGGCAAACCUGAGUUAGCUCUUGCAGCGGCACGCGCGCACAAUCGCAUGAACGCAGAUUUCUGUUCAGUAGAUAAAAGGCUGCUGGCAACUGGCUAUGUGCCGCUGCUGGAUAUCGAAGCAGCACCUAAAAUUGCAGAAGAAGCGCUGCAGUUAGGCUGUAAAGCCCUCAUGAUCCCUUCGAAAUGUCCGGCAGGUCACAGUCCCAGUCACAUUGGCUUUGAGCCACUGUGGUCGUUGGCAGAAGAGGCGGGUAUCCCCAUUGUGUUUCAUGUGGGUGGUGAGGAAAAAAUGGCGGACAGCUACUUUGAAAAUGGUUUGCCGCGGGUGAAAGAUUUCCAUGGCGGUGAAGAAAACUUCACCGGUUUGAGUUUCAUGUCUAUUCCCAUCGCCAUCUGGCAGAGCAUGGCAGCCAUUAUUUUUGAUGGCGUGCUUGAUCGUCACCCCAAUCUCAAGUUUGGUGCUAUCGAACUUGGCGCCGCAUGGUUGCCAAGUUGGCUGCAGUUCAUGGAUUCAGCCUGGGGUGCCUUUCGUAAAGGUGAAGCGCGUCUGCAGAAUUUGUCGGAUCGCCCCAGCGAAAUUGCCAGGCGACAGUUUCGGGUUACCCCCUACGCGCAUGAGCCAACUGGUUGGAUCAUGGAUAAUUCGAGUGAAGAUAUGCUGUUGUUCUCUUCAGAUUUUCCCCAUGUGGAAGGCGGUCGAAACCCGAUCAAACGCUUCUCAGACAACAUGCCUGAGGUGAGCGAGGUAGCACGACAGAAAUUCUAUCGGGAUAAUUUCAUCGAUCUGAUGGGCGCGGGUCUGGAUAUCAGUCUGCACGAUCAUCCGUCUGUGGUGCUGGCCAGCUAUCCGCCCAAGGUGUCGAAGCGCCUGCAGCAGGUGCGCAAGAUCGUGCUGACAACAGCAAAUCAGCUGGGUGUUGGUGAAGUGAUCGAAACCCUGAAGUGGAAUGAGGUUGCUUAUCUGCCGGCAAACGCGGGAAUAGGGUCGACGCUGCGGAUCGGUUACAGCGAUAAAAUGCCCCAGCACUAUCAGCUGUAUGUGCACUGCGGCACGAACCUUAUCGACAUGAGUAAAACUCUGUUCCCGGAACUGUCUUAUCAGGGUAACAGGGGUAUUGCGUUUAAACUGGACGAGCCGUUACCUCGGGAUAUAUUGAUCAUGUUGACCGAAAUGACCCUCACAUAUCAUCGCACCAAACGCAAACACGUUGCCGCCCGUUAA